CCACCGACAAGGAAUUCCUUUAAAAGGGAGAAGACGAGUGGACAGUUGUCCGCGUUCUCCUGCUGUAAAACGCUGGCCGCUUUCCCCAUCACCCGCGGCUACCCGACCGGGUCGGUUCGGGGAUCAGAGACCCGAAUUCAAUAGUUUUCAAAUGGGCCGUAUAACUUGGGUUGAAGGAAGCCCAAUAAUAUAUUUGGAAGUUGGAAAUAUUAACCGUUUUCCCGCUCUCACGUUCAAAAGAGCAGAAAUGUUCAUUAUUCGUAUCCGUUGGCGUCUUCAGAUCUAGUUUUUUCUUUUUAUUUUCUUAAUUCGGAUCAUGAAAUUUGUUGAUGGAGUUCAAAGCUCGGAUUUGAUGGAUCCUCUUCAUCAUUUUUCUAGUCUGUCACUCUUCCCUAGGGCGUUUAGUGAUUUGAAGAAGAACGUCUCGAGUUACAGAAAUCAUGAUGGCCUCGACUUUAUCCAUGAGUCCAUGAAAUCGAAGGACUUGAAAAGUCCCAAUAAGCUCUUUCAGCAGGCAAACACUAUUAUUGAUGGUGUCUCGGGACUUCUAAAUACAAACAUUAACGGUUUAGUUGAAGGUGAGAAGCUAAAUGAUACGUUUAAUGAGAUGAGGAAGGGGAAUCCACAGGAUAGAAGGCCGGGCCUGGGGCGUAAGCGGCCUUGUUUCUCUUUGAAACCAAAUUCGAGCCAGUCAACUGUAAGUCUGGAACCAAGUCUGGACAUUGAUCAAUUUGAAGACCCGGAGGAUUAUUUCUUGGCAUAUGAAAAACUUGAAAAUGUCAGAAAGGAACUAAGGAGUCAAAAGGGUUCCGAUCUAUAUAGUUUAGAUGAACAUAGUCCACUCAGAGCUGAACAACGUCGUCGGCCAGGAUUAUUGCGGAAGUCAACCAGCUACAUACAUCACGGCCCCUCUAUACCUUAUGAAAAGGAAAAUCAGUCAGUGGCUUCACAGGAGACUUCAGAACAGGAGAUUUUACUCGAAAAUCAUAGUUCACCAGAAAAGCAGCUCCUAUCGGUGAAGCCCGGGAAAGAUACAUCAUCAGUUCAAUUGACUAGACCAAAGGUUGAUGGCCUCUUGGAUGAACUACUAUCUGAUAAAUGCGAGAACUUGGAUGGGAAUGGAGCAUUGUCAUUCUUGCAAGAACAUUUGCAGAUAAAACCUAUUGAUUUAGAGAAGUUAUGUCUUCCUGCUUUUCCCGUUGUUGGAAAGGGUGAGUCUGUUGACGUGAAAGAAAAAUCGAAAAAGCCUAAGAGAGUAUUAUCAGAUAUACAAAAUAUCUUGAAAAGUGUUGGUGACAAAACACCUAUGAAAGAUAAGCCAGUAGCAGGAAGCCCCAUUAGUUCCACAGCUUCUCCAACUCCACCAAGAAGUCCAUUUGCUUCAAUAUUUUUGAUGAAGAAUACCAGUUUGCAAUCAAGCGUGAAGUCCCAUGACACAUUAAUGUCUUUUGGCUCAUUACCUGCCAAAAACGAUUCUCACGUUGAACAUUUUGAUCAAAGGUCAAAUCAGUUUGAUUCAAUGAAGGAUUUGAGUGACCUUGAUAUGAUGGAGGCAACUCAGAAUGAACAUGCUGAAAUUACUGUCGAUAACAGGAAUUCUCCAGAGAUUAUAGAAUGUGAUUCUAUUAUUCUUUCUAACAAGUGCUUAGAGUUGGAGGACACUGACCAUGCUAGACAAGUUCAUAAUGAAAGCAUUUUGAUGACACCCAAUGAUAUACAGGAAAAUGCAGGAGCUGUGCCACAACAGGCAUUGCCUCAGUGUCAACAUGAUGCAAAUGUUACUAAAGACAGUUCUAUGAUUGACACCAAUGAUCAGACAGAAGAACCGAAUGAAGUUCAAGAGAAUGUAAGGCAAUUCACAAAGUUGAAAACAAUAACAACUCAAUAUCUUGAAAUUCAUGAUGCUAAAACUCAGGCGGAGGACCAGUCAAAUUGUACUGUACUUGAUGCCAUUAUGGAUCUUCCAACUUCAGGAAUUUCAAAGAGCAAUGGAGCUCAGUUAGGUAAAGUGAAUUCUGCUGCAGUGUCUCUCAAUGCAACUGAUGAACCAAUUAAAAGUCUAGUUAAAGUAGCAGGAAAAGUAAGCAAGCAAAACAAUAUUGAAGGUCCUUCUUCAUUAGUAUCUCGAAGAAUGGCUAAAAGAAAGGCACAUUCUCGUAGGCAAAGUCUAGCAGAUGCUGGUACUUGUUGGACAUCUGGAGUAAGGAGAAGCAAAAGAAUCAAGACGAGGCCCCUGGAAUACUGGAAGGGAGAAAGAUUUCUAUAUGGACGCGUGCAUAAAAGUUUAACAAGUGUAAUAGGUAUUAAGUAUAUAUCGCCUGCAAAAGGAGGAGGAGGGGAUGAUAAAAAACCAACUUUCAGGGUGAAAUCUUUCUCAGAUGAGCAUCGGGAACUUGUUGAACUAGCUGCUCUUCAUUGACUGAUCAAGCUCUUCAUCUUCUUCAUCUUUUUUUGAAAUCCACCACCCUCAUGUGGAUUAGUUCCAAGUGUUCUUAAUGGGUCAUGAGCUUGUUUGAACUAUGAAAAAAAUGAUCUUCUUUUCAUGUGGUGUAAAUUAAUGCAUGUUAUUUUAAUUAUUAAAAUUU